GGGCAAAGAUUGAUGCUGGGUGUAGCCGCGCGCUUGCUGCAGCUCAGGUGAAGGAUUUCUGUCUCUGUGGGGCUCUUUGUAGGGGAAAUCCUUGGGGGGUCACCUGCUUUGCCCCACAGCCUGUGAGGAGCACUGGCACUGCCCAAAGCGGUGGUGGCUGUGCUCAUGGAACUCACGUUUGAGUGACCCCAUCCCCUCCUCCCCUGGUGGCUGUAACCCUCUGGGCCACUCUCUUCUCCUACAGUUUCUUCCCUCCUAUUUUCCCUGAUCUUUUCCCCAUCUUCUUUCCAAAUAUUCACCCCCAUCUUCUCCAUCAUCUCCUUCUCCAUCUCCUUCCACCACUUCCUUCCCCUAUCUUCGUCUCUCAUCUUUUACCCAUUUUUUUUUACCCAUCUCCCCCAUCAUCUCCUUCUCAGACUUCUUCCUCUCUCUUCUUUCCCCAAAUCCUCCUCCUCCCCCCCCCCCCCUUCUCUAGCACAGAUGCACUUUCUAUUGGGCUGCAACCACCCCAGUUUCACCCUUCCCUGGAGGACCCUCCUGCCUUAUCUCGUGGCUCUGCACCUCCUCCAGCCGGGAUCAGCCCAGCUCAGGGUGGUGGCACCGAGCCUCCGUGUCACUGCCAACGUGGGACAGGAUGUUGUGCUGCGCUGCCAGUUGUCCCCUUGCAAGGAUGCUUGGAGCUCAGACAUCAGAUGGAUCCAGCACCGGACCUCUGGUUUUGUGCACCACUAUCAAAAUGGAGAGGACCUGGAGCAGAUGGAGGAAUAUAAAGGGAGAACAGAACUGCUCAGGGAUGGUCUCUCUGAUGGAAACCUGGAUUUGCGCAUCACUGCUGUGAGCACCUCUGAUAGUGGCUCAUACAGCUGUGCUGUGCAGGAUGGUGAUGGCUAUGCAGACGCUGUGGUGGACCUGGAGGUGUCAGACCCCUUUUCCCAGAUCACCCAUCCCUGGAAGGUGGCUCUGGCUGUGAUCGUCACAAUUCUGGUUGGGUCAUUUGUCAUCACUGUUUUUCUCUAUAGGAAGAAAGGUGAGUUGAGCAUGGAGGGGAUGGAGCACAGGGAGGUGUUGAGCAGGGAUAGGGAUGGUCGGGGUGGUGCUGAGCUCUGGUCCGUGGAGCUGAGACCACAAAGCAGAUGGUCAUUGGCCGCUUACCAGAACAAAGAUUUGGGGGUAUUGGCAUGGGAGCAACCAUGGGAUGAGAAGGUGUUCCCUCUGACCAUGCAUUUCCUUUGCUUCUAUUUUGCAGAGGGAAAAGAUGCAGAGUUGGCAGAACUACCUGCGAUAGUGGAUGAGUUUCCCUUCCCACUAUUUUUUUUUUUUAAUGUUUUGGGAGCUGUGCAAUUAGUCAUUCAUCUCAUAAUGCAUUGUUUCUGCUUUUCCUUUGCAGAGAGAAUGGAUGCAAAGUUGGGGACACUAGCUGCAGAACUGGAGAGAAGGGAUGCAAAGUUGGAGACACUAGUUGAAAAUCUGGAGAGAAGAAAUGCAGAGUUCGCAGAGAAACUAGCUUCAGAACUGGAGAGAAGGGAUGCAAAGUUGGAGACACUAGCUGAAAGUCUGGAGAGAAGAAAUGCAGAGUUCGCAGAGAAACUAGCUUCAGAUCUGGAGAGAAGGAAUGCACAGUUGGAUAAACUAGCUUCAGACCUGGUGCAACAAACCAAAGCAGUGGAGAAAUUGAAUUCACAGUGGAGUAAGCUGCAGUCAUUAAAACUGACCAAAUCUGACACCAUCCAAAAUAACUGCAUAGGCUAUGAAAAAUCCCCCCAGGCCGUGAACUACUCUCCUCUUUCUAACCCAGAGAAACACCACGAAGCAAAGAGGCGAUGGUAUAUAAAGUCUGAUUAUCCUCAGUACCCAAACCAAAGAGGUGUGGGUCCUGCACAUGUGGGCACACAUGGGACUCCAAUCUGACCCAGAAAAACAAUCUGAAGAAUCACACUGAGAUAUUAAAUGCACCUCAGUUACCACUGGUGUUAAAAAUCCAUACUGGAAGAAGAGGAGACAGUGUUUGUAUUGAGUGAGAACACUGCAGUUCUGUGAGCCAAAGCUGCCUGAGAAACCACCGAACUGAGGGUGUGUGACCUCCAACUCAAAUCCAAUUGGAAGAAAGAAACCACAGGAAGGAAGAAAAUGGGUGGAAGACAGAGAUCCUGGAAAAGAUAUGGGCAUUUUGGGAAACAGUGUGACCACGUAUCAGGAUUCAUGGAAAUCCAAUGAAUAUGUAAGGCUUUCGGAAAAGCAUGCACACAGAAGCAGAGGUAGAAAACUGCUUUGGGUAUUAACCCCAUUCUCUUUUGUAAUAUAAUAAAGGAUACCUGCAGGUGGUAAUCGA